CUGGUAAACACAGUUCGGCUCAUCCAAAGGCAGACAGCAGAGCAGAGCUUGCAAGAAGAUAUGGCCACAGCCUGCACAUUGCUUACUGAGGAUCAGUUCCAGUGCUCCAUCUGUCUGGAAGUUUUCACAGAGCCUGUCACUAUUCCAUGUGGACACAACUUCUGCAAGGCCUGUCUCACCAGGCACUGGGAAGGCAAAGAUCUGUGUAAGUGUCCACUGUGCAACGAGAAGUUCCCCAAAGAUCUCAAACUUCGGGUCAACACUGGAUUCAGGGAGGUUGUGGAACAUUUCAAGGAACUUAAUGCAAAAGCUGACAAUGCUUGCCCUGUGAAGCCAGGAGAGGUGCCAUGUGACUGCUGCCCUGAUGACAACCAGUCCAAAGCCUGUAAAACCUGUUUGGUUUGCUUAACAUCUUUCUGUGAGACACACCUAGAGCCUCAUCUAAGAGUUGCAGCUUUAAAGAGGCACACACUGACUAAUCCUGUGCAUAACCUGGAGGACCAAAUAUGCAAGAAACACAACAGGAUGCUUGAGCGCUUCUGCAGGAAUGACCAGACAUGUGUCUGUGUCCUGUGUACAGAACACAGCGCUCACGAUACAGUCCCUUUGGAGGAAGCAUAUGUAGACAAGAGGGCUCAGAUAGGGAGGAAAAAGAAGGCGGAAGUACAGGAAAUGAAGCAUAAGCGUGGAAAGAGAGCUCAGAAGAACAAGAACAUGAGUCAAGGCAAAGCUGAGGCUAUGGAAAACAAUACAGUGAUACAUAACAUGAACAAUCCUCAGACUUGGUGGAUUCAAGACCGUUUUUGCAGAGUUGCUCUGAACGGGGUCCUUCCUGAAUGGAGAUGCUACUGUGAGGUUCAGGCUGAAGGGGGCUCCAGCGAGGACCCAGCAGUGGAGGGAGAGUCGAUGCAAGGGGUAAAGGUAUUCAUACCUAAACCCAAGGAUGGAAACUGGAUCAUAAGGGCGGGAUCUCUGAAAAAUGUUACGACUCUACAUCGAGUGCCAGUCCAAGUCUUCUGGAUAACGACACAUGGGAAAGUUGUGGUGUAUGUAGACUAUGACCAAGGAUCGGUGAACUUCUUUGAUGAAGACACUAGGAUGUUGACCUGCACUUUUCCCUUCUGCAAUUUUCACGAGAGGAUUUAUCUUUUCUGCAGUCCUACAUCAGGUGAGACCUGGGUACAGAGGCUGCAACAGCAGGUUGAGAGGUUCAAAGGAUGGUCGCAAAAUCCAGAUAACGACUUCCGCGUUCGUUGUAUUUUUUUUUUUUACAUAUUUUUUUAAUUUUAUUCUGUGGGUGUGCAAACCAAUAUUUAAAUCAUGACAUUGGAUAAAAAAUGUUUUCCUGCUACAGUGGUAUGAAGGGUUACAACAAGCAUCUCCCUCCAGUGACAAACUCAUCUUUCACAUAUUCAAAGGUAAAAAUGUUUGGUUUGUAUUCAGUGAUUUUCUAAAUGAAAAUGAAGUUUUAAUAAAAUAUUUGUAAUGCUUGUUUCUGCAUUUGGUGUUAAAUUGUCAGUUUUUAAAAACCUAAAGUUUACAUCUCCAUAAAAUACACUGGUAGCGUCACUUGAAAUAAAAAAAACAACACAAUAAACGAGCAUGUAAAGCUUUUCCAUAUCAGUGCUUACUCUGUCUGAAGUGUUGUGUAGUGAUGAUGGUGACUUCAUUCAAGUGCACCACUAGAGGGAGCAAUCGACUUAUUCUUCAUACAAACUCACCCCAUUUCAUUAAGAUAUAACAUGGCAAUUUAAACAGAACAGAUUUUUUUUCUGGAUCACCACAUUUUAAGUCCUUAUUAGUUUUUCUGUCUUUUCUUAAGAACUCUUGUGUUUAGAUCUUAUUGCUUCUUAUUCAGAUAGUUAGAUCAUUUUGAGACUAAAAUCAAAACAGGGAAACUGCACUAUAAUUACAAAGUGGUCUGUAUGCUUAAUGUAUAAUAUAUAUAUGUAUUGCUGCAGCAGAAUGACAUACUGUAUAAUAACAUUGGAUUGCAAACUUUUAAUUUGAUUUAAAUGAUUUUAACAAUACGUAUAGGAGAAGAGCUUUAUCUUAGAUGUAUUGCCAUGAACGUUGUUACAAGCACUCACGUCCCUCUCAUUUAUAACUAUAGGAGUUCCUCUUACUUUUCAUUAAGGACCGACAGGUAACAGGUUUCAUUUUGGGCUAAAUUAAGAUGAUA